AUGGCGGCUUCGACACAACUUGCAUACCGCACCCUCAAAGGGAUUGGCAUCAUGGAUGCCUCCCCUGUCUACCAGCCUUUGUCAGGCUUCGAGAGACCCGAGGGUAACCUCCGCUGCAGCGCCUACUCUCCUUGUGGCCGCUACUACGCGUGGGCUUCUCCUGACAGGGUCACCAUCGUCGACUCCUCCGCCGGUAACGUUAUCUCCACCAUCACCGCCGAGAACGUGUUCGAGCUGGGCUUCUCACCGCUUGGAACCUACGUGAUCACCUGGCAACGACCGACCAAGGACGAGAACGGCGAUGCCACAAAGAACCUGAAGGUGUGGCGCGCAAUUGAGACUGGAGCAGAGCACACUGUUGUGGGCAAGUUCGUCCAGAAACAACAAACGGGCUGGAAUCUGCAAUAUACCGCCGAUGAGAAGCUGUGUGCCCGCGUCGUGACCAACGAGGUUCAGUUCUACCAGAGCGAUAACCUGUCGAACGUUUGGAAUAAACUGCGUGUGGAGGGGGUGGCGGAUUUUGCCCUCUCGCCGGGACAGACCCAUUCGAUUGCGGUGUUUAUCCCUGAGCGAAAGGGUCAGCCUGCCCAGGUUAAGGUAUUUAUUGUGCCGCAGUUCAAUGCCCCGGUUUCUCAGAAGAGCUUCUUCAAGGGCGACAAGGUUCAGCUGAAGUGGAACGCUUCCGGUACAACCUUGAUUGUCCUCGCGCAGACCGAGGUGGACCGCACCGGCAAGAGUUAUUAUGGCGAGACCACCUUGUACCUGCUCAGUGCCAGCGGCGCUUUUGACUCGCGCAUUGACCUCGACAAGGAGGGCCCCAUCCACGAUGUCAGCUGGAACCCCAACUCGAAAGAGUUCGGUGUCGUUUACGGCUACAUGCCCGCGAAGACCACCAUCUUCAACAUGCGCGGCCAGCCUACCCACACCUUCCCUCUGAGCCCGCGUAACACCAUCCAGUUCUCGCCCCACGGCCGUUUCGUUCUCGUUGCCGGUUUCGGUAACUUGGCUGGUCAGAUGGACAUCUAUGAUAUGGACAAGAACUUCCACAAGAUCACCACCGUCGAGGCAUCCAAUGCCAGUGUCUGUGCUUGGUCUCCUGACGGACAGUAUAUCCUGACCGCCACCACCAGCCCUCGCCUCCGCGUUGACAACGGUGUCCGCAUCUGGCACAUUAGCGGCAGCCUCAUGUACAACGAAGAGAUGACCGAGCUGUACGAUGUGACCUGGCGCCCUGCGAACAUCAGCCAGCACCCUCUAGGCGACCCCUUCACCAAGCUCCCCGUUGCUCACCCGUCCGCCACCGCCUACCUGAGCACCCGCAAGGCCCCCGUGAAGCCCGCUGGCGCUUAUCGCCCCCCUGGUGCCCGCGGCCAACUGACACCCCUGGCCUUCAAGCGUGAGGAUCAAGGCGGUGCCGCUUACGUCCGUGACGGUGCCCCUGGAGCCGGAAUCACCAACGGCUUCGGCAAGUCUCGCCGCCGUGAAAUUCCCGGCGCCGAGCCCGCGGAGGAGUAUCUUCCUCCCGGAGCUGCCCCCGGCGGCGGUCUUUCCAAGUCCGCCCAGAAGAACAAGAAGAAGCGUGAAGCAGCCAAGAAGGCCCGUGACGAGGAGACCGAAGCUCCCGUCAGUGCCCCUGCUGCCCCCGCUGCCCCCAGCUCUGACCGUAACCGCACCCGCGGCAGCAAGAAUGGUGCCCCCAACGGCAAUGUUAACGGCACCAACGCUAAGUCUGCCCCUGCGGCUCCUCCGGCUCCAGCCCCAGCCCCGGCCCCUACCCCUGCUCCGGCCCCCGCUGCUCCUGUCAUCGACCAGUCUGCCCAGGAUAAGAAGGUCCGCGGCUUGCUCAAGAAGAUCCGUGCGAUCGAUGAGCUGAAGAUGCGUCUUGCUGGUGGUGAGAAGCUGGAGGAUACGCAGAUGAAGAAGAUCCAGACGGAGGAUGCUGUGCGUAAGGAGCUUGAGGGUGUUGGUUAUAACGGGUAA